AUGGCGAGCCCUAAAUUGAGUGCUGUUGAUUACGUUAUUCUUGUCGUACUUCUGCUAGCAUCGGCUGUUAUCGGUGCUAUAUUUGGAUUUGUUAAAUCGAAGAAAAGUUCAGCAAAGGAAUUUCUUCUAGCUGAUGGCGGGAUGGGAGUUAUUCCAACAGCUCUUAGCAUUAUGGUCUCGUUUCUAUCAGCUAUCACACUGUUAGGAACACCCAGUGAAGUUUAUCUAUUUGGUACUAUGUAUUGCUACCAAGCUAUUUCAUGGACGAUCGCUUCAACAAUAACAGCAUUAGUUUUCAUGCCAAAAUUUCGUGAAAUGAAUUAUACAAGUGCAUAUGAAUAUUUGGAAAAACGUUUUGAUCGCCGAGUACGCAUGUGUGCAUCGAUUGCUUUUUCAUGUUUCAUGUUGAUUUAUAUGGCAAUUGUUUUGUAUGCUCCUGCAUUAGCACUUAGUGCAACUACUGGUUUGAACAUUUGGCUAUCCGUUGUUUCGAUUGGUGUCAUUUGCACUUUCUAUUCAUCGGUGGGUGGCAUGAAAGCAGUUAUUUGGACAGAUGUUUUACAAGCAUUGGUCAUUCUAGUUGGUCUUUUAGCUGCGAUUAUACAAGGUUUAAUAGUACUUGGUGGUUUUGGGCCAACAUUUUCCAAGGCAUGGAAAGGUGGUAGAAUUGAGUUCAAUAGUAUAAGUCCUGAUCCACGAACUCGUCAUACAAUAUGGUCAUUGCUUAUCGGUGGUAGUAUGAAUUCUUUAUCAACAUAUGGUUUUAAUCAGACACAAGUUCAACGUUAUAUGUGUGUUCGUACUACACGUGGAGCUAAACAAGCAUUGUUUAUAAAUGCAGUUGGUGCUGCCAUUGUUAUUAUUCUAUCAACUUUUAUUGGCAUUAUUCUCUUUGCAUACUUUGCUGAUUGUGAUCCAUUGACCACAAAGCAAGUUUCUGAUGUUGAUCAAAUAUUUCCGUUUUUUGUUAUGCAAGUACUUAGUGAUAAGCCAGGUUUACCAGGAGUGUUUUUAGCUUGCAUUUUUUCUGGUUCAUUAUCAACAAUAUCAUCUGGUUUAAAUAGUCUUGCGGCUGUUAUUAUUGAAGAUGUUUAUAAAGGUUUAAUGGGCAAGAAAUUGACUGAUCAACGACAAGGUUUCAUAUCAAAGAUCUUUUCUGUUGUAUUAGGUGCUGUUGUUAUACUAUUAACCUAUGUUGUUAGCUAUCUUGGUUCAAUUCUUAAUGCUGCAUUAUCUUUAUUCGGUGUUUUAUCAGGACCUAUCAUGGGCGUGUUCUUUCUUGGUUUCUUUUUUCCACAAGCUAAUCGUCACGGAGGCUUUUAUGGGUUUUUAGCAAGUCUAUUUUUACAAUUGUGGAUUUUCUUGGGCGCACAAGUAACACGAAGUCAAAUGAAAGAUGUACGUUUACCUUUAUAUACAAACAAUUGUAGUUUUCCAUUUAAUUCAACAACAGUAACUCCUGCAACUAUUAAACGUGAUCCAUUAAUUGAUUUAUAUUCUGUUAGUUAUAUGUGGUAUACACCAAUUGCUGUUGCUACUGCUCUUAUUGUGGGUCUUAUCGUGUCGUAUUUAACACAUCCGCUCAAAUCUCACGAAACCAAUCCAAAACUACUUAUACGAGUAGAUAAUAUUUGCUGUUGCUGUUUACCGAAACGUAUUCGCGAUUAUUUUCGAUGUGGGGUUGAUUAUGAAAAUCAAUUCGAAGAGAAAAAUGUGUUGGAUGAUGACAUUGAAAUGCCAGCACACGAAACAUAUGAUAAAGAUGCAAAACACUCGGUUUCAUCGAAGGCUGCUUCACCUGUUCAAUUAGAUAAACAUACAAAAAUGAAACAUAAGUCUCGUUCGAAUGCUGUUUCACCAGCUCCGGCAGCAUCAAAAAUUGGAGUUGAAGUUUACGAAAAUUCAGCAACUAUACUAGCCGACGAAAAAUCUCCUAGUGAUCGAUUAUGA